AUGUCUCGCGCUAUUUUCGUCUCCGGCGCCACCGGCAAGCAGGGCGGCGCCCUCAUCGACAGCUUGCUCCAAGAAAACGCCGACUUCGAGAUCCUCGCUCUCACCCGAGACGCAUCCUCCGCCUCUGCCCAGAAACUCGCCAAGAAGUCCCCGAAAAUCAAGUUGAUCCAGGGCGACCUUGCCAACAUCGAUGCGGUCUUUGAUGCCGCUAAGAAAGCCACGACUCUCCCCAUCUGGGGUGUUUAUUCCGUCGCGAUCGGUAACAAACAGGCCGAUUCAGAACUCGUCCAGGGCAAGGCUCUAGUCGACGCCGCGAUCAAGGCGGGCGCCAAGUUCUUCGUCUACUCCUCCAUUGAUCGACACGGCGAGGCCUCGCUCGAGAACCCCACCGACGUCCCGCACUUCAUUCACAAGCACAAGAUCGAGAAGCAUCUUAUCGAGCAAACCAAGAAUGGCGAAAUGGACUGGACCAUUCUACGGCCCGUCGCCUUCAUGGAGAACUUCGCCGAUAGCCUCCUUGGGCGCGUCUUUGUCACAUCCUGGAAGAUGGUCAUCAAGGAGAAGCCUUUGCAAUUAAUCGCCGUGCCCGACAUCGGCAUCGUCGCCGCCAAAGUAUUCCUCCACCCCGAAGAAUACAAGAACCGCGCCAUUUCCCUCGCCGGCGACGAGAUCACGAUCGAGAGGGCCAAUGAGAUCUUCAACAAGUACAGCGGUCGAAACUUUACCGAAACCUGGAGAAUUCUGUGCAGCCUGAUCAUGUGGGGUAUCAAGGACUUUGGUUAUAUGUUGAGGUGGUUCCAUGAUGUCGGCUACGCUGCGGACAUUGAAGAGGUGAAGCGCAUCCACCCCGAUGUCAAGGAUUUCGAAACCUGGCUCCUACAAGACAGCGAAUUUGCCAGCAGGCUCAGGAAAUGA